AUGGACCCCACGGACCGUGCAGUCUGCUCCAACAGGAGGCCGCAGUUCUCUCUUCAUCCACAAGAGGGCAAGACAUUAUACCGUCUCUAUCGGUGUCGCUCCAGACUUUGGCCGACAGUGCUCGCCCCGAAGGAGGUCACACCGAGCACCAACCACAUCGACUCCAACAGCGACAGGAUCUCGGACGGAGCCGCGGGCCCCUGGAGCAGGAUGAGGGAUCCCUGGAGAGGCGUUGUGGCACUGAGCCUGCUGGCGUGCUCUGCCUUCAGCUUCAGCGCCAUCAACCCGUUCGCCGGACAGCAGGCCCCUCUUGACCCGUGCUACGACGACAGCGGAACUGCGCGCCGCUGCAUCCCGGAGUUCAUCAACGCGGCGUUUGGCAAAGAUGUGGCGGUGUCCAGCGUGUGCGGCCGGCCCCCGUCGCGCUCCUGCAGCCUGGUGGAGCGCGGCGACGAGCGGCCCUCCGUUCGCACGUGUCAGAUCUGCGACGCCGCCGACUCCCGCCGCGCCCACCCGCCCUCUUACCUCACGGACUUGAACUCGGCCUUGAACUUGACCUGCUGGCAGUCGGAGAACUUCAACACCUCGCCGCACAACGUCACGCUCACUCUGUCUCUGGGGAAGAAGUUCGAGAUCACGUACGUCAGUUUGCAAUUCUGCUCGCCGCGUCCCGAGUCCAUGGCCAUCUACAAGAGCAUGGACUACGGCAAAACCUGGACGCCGUACCAGUUCUACUCGUCGCAGUGUCGCCGUCUUUUCAACAAACCGAAUCGAGCGACCAUCACAAAGCAGAACGAGCAGGAGGCGGUGUGCACGGACAGCCACACCGAGCUGCACGCGCACUCCGGCGGCCUCAUCGCCUUCAGCACCCUGGAUGGCCGUCCCUCGGGGAAAGACUUUGACAGUAGCCCCGUGCUGCAGGACUGGGUCACGGUCACAGACAUCCGGGUGGUGUUCAACCGGCCGCAGCUGCCCCGGGACCACAGCUUGAGCAGUAUCAACAACGGCGCGCGCGAGGACGAGCCGGUGGCGGCAGCAGCUGCGGCGUCCACCAUGGCCACUUACUUCUACGCGGUGGGAGACUUCCAAGUCGGAGGGAGGUGUAAGUGCAACGGCCACGCGUCCCGGUGUUUGAAGGACAAGGAGGGGAAGCUGGUGUGCGACUGCAAACACAACACAGAGGGGCCCGAGUGCGACCGCUGCAAGCCCUUUCACUACGACCGGCCCUGGCAGCGGGCGAGCGCCAGGGAGGCCAACGAGUGUCUAGCCUGUAACUGUAACCUUCACGCGCGGCGCUGCAGAUUCAACAUGGAGCUGUAUAAGUUGUCAGGCCGGAAGAGCGGCGGCGUCUGUAUGAACUGUCGCCACAACACGGCCGGGCGCCACUGCCACUACUGCAAAGAGGGCUACUACAGAGACCUGGCCCGGGCCAUCAGCCACCGCAGAGCCUGCAAAGCGUGUGACUGCCACCCAGUCGGAGCCGCGGGGAAGACGUGUAACCAGACCACAGGCCAGUGUCCGUGCAAGGACGGAGUGACCGGCGUCACCUGCAACCGCUGCGCCAAGGGCUACCAACAGAGCCGCUCGCCUGUGGCGCCCUGCAUCAAAAUCCCCGUGGUCAACCCGACAACCGCCGUGAGCAGCACCGAAGAGCCGGCAGACUGCGAAUCCUACUGCAAGCCGGUCAAGGGGAACCUCAAGAUCAACAUGAAGAAGUAUUGUAAAAAGGAUUAUGCGGUGCAGGUGAACGUCCUGGACAUGGAGACCGUCGGGGACUGGGCCAAGUUCUCGGUCAACAUUGUGUCCGUCUACAAGAGCCGCGGCGAGCCCCUGAAGCGAGGAGACAACGUCCUGUGGGUGCACAUGAAGGACCUGGCCUGCAAGUGCCCCAAGAUCCAGAUCGGCAAGCGCUUCCUGGUCAUGGGGGGCAGCGAGGGCGGGGUCACGGCGGGAGUGAGUCCGGGGGCGGGGCCUGGCAGCGGCGCGACCAAUCAGGUGACGGGGGCGGAGCGCGUGGGACUGGUGGCCGACAAGAACAGCUUGGUGAUCCAGUGGCGGGACGUUUGGGCACGGCGCCUCCGGAAGUUCCAGCGGAAAGAGAAGAAGGGGAAGUGUGGCAAAGCAUGA